AUGUCACAACCAGUCGAGGACAAUGGAGAACAUGAUGAAUUGGUGAGAGAGAAUAUACAAGUCAUGAGAAAGCGAGUGGAGGAAAUGACAAGAACAGGAGCUGCUUUGGUUCGAGAAUCGAACGGUCUUCCAAAAUCUGGUGCUGAUUUUGAGCUCUAUAAUUCGUAUCCGACAUUCAACGCGUUUAUGAAACGCUCAGAGGAACGCCUGAAUGCACUGAUGGGCAAAAUAACAAAGUCAAUUGGAUGUGCUAUGAGACUGCCAGAUGUCGGUUCAAGUAUCGAGCACUACACAGAAUGUGUGAUUGAAGCACAGGAUAACAUUGCGGAAAGAGUGGCAACUCUUCACGGAGUACUCAAAAAAGCAGAAAGGGACACUAUUGUGAAAGUACCAGAGUUCAUAACGAAAGCCGGUCCGACAAAUCGCAAAACGGAAGCCGAAGUUGCUGAAGCUAUGAAGACCUUCUCAGCUAACAUCGGUACUGUAUUAGCCGCGAAGUUCAGAGAACGAAGAGAGGAGGCUGCUCAAAUGGUUGUUCACGAAAAACCACAGAGAACCUACAACAUCACAAGUGACAACUCAUCGGCACCAUUUGCUUCAAAAUUGACAGUCAAGCAUCACGCUGUCGAGAGAAGAAGCGGAAUUGUGGUAGUUGACGACAACGAAUCAGGUCAAAGGGAUUGGAUCAGCGCUUCGGCAGAAACUGAAGAAGAGCAUCCUUAUAUUGCCGAGAUGCUCCAUUUCAAAGUUCCAGAGAAGCAACUGAAAUCUGUCACACCACAAAAAUUCAAAACUUUGACAGAAACACCGCUGACUAUCGUUGACACAAAGGAGAAAUUGGAAUCAUUGAGGGAUAAGUUGAACAGUGUUGAAGAGUUUUCUGUCGAUUUGGAACAUCAUGAAAUGCGAACGUAUCUUGGCCUCACUUGUCUCAUUCAAAUCUCAACAAGAGAUGAGGAUUUCAUCAUUGAUCCUUUCCCAAUGUGGGAUCGUAUUGGAAUUCUGAACGAGCCGUUUACCAAUCCAAAUAUCCUCAAAGUUUUCCACGGAUCUGAUAACGAUGUUCUUUGGCUUCAACGCGAUUUUGGAGUGCAUGUCGUCAACCUGUUCGAUACCUACGUUGCGAUGAAGAAGCUCAAGUAUCCCAAGUUCAGUCUCGCCUAUCUUGCAUUCCGUUUUGCUGACGUUGUUCUCGACAAGCAGUAUCAGUUGGCUGACUGGAGAGCAAGACCACUUCGAAAUGCAAUGAUUAAUUAUGCCAGAGAAGACACCCACUACCUUCUUUACUCGUAUGAUAUGUUAAGAGAACAACUGUUGCAACAAGGACACAAGGAUCUGGAAAAUGUGUAUGCAGAGAGUAACGAUUUGUGCAUACGUGUUUACAAGAAACCAGUGUUCAAUCCAAAAGGAUACAUGACAGAAAUUAAGUUCCGAUUCACUUUGAACAAUCGACAAGAUUUCGCUCUUACUAGUCUCUAUCGUUGGAGAGAUAUCGUCGCUCGAGCCGAAGAUGAGAGUCCCCAGUUCGUCCUCCCUAAUCAUAUGCUGUUAUCUCUUGCUGAAACGCUUCCCAGGGAUGUGGGAGGUAUUUACGUAUGCUGUAAUCCACUGCCGUAUUUUGUAAAACAGCGUACUGGUGAUAUUCUCAAAAUCAUGGUGGAAGCCAGAGAUAUCAAACUGGAAAAGGCUGAGAGAAGUGUGAAGGAAAAGACAGAUGCACAAGAAGCGAGAGGAGUUAUGAACGAUUCUAUGGAUUAUAUAACAUCCGUCCUGAAAUCGAAGAUCGAUUUUUCACAUACCAAGUUUGAUGAAGAGAGAGGAGAGCUUGAUAUUGAUAAGAAUGAAGAAAUGAAGGAGAUUUUGGAGAAGGAUCAUAAGGAAUCGCUGCUCUCUGUUCUCGAAUCAUCGUCUGUUGCUCCAAAUCCAGAAGCAAUGACAGUGGUUGAAAAAGGAAAGAAGCCAGAUAAUAAGAAAAUCGGAAAAUUAUUAAACGAGCUCGAUAAGUUCGUAACUCCAUUUGAGUGCUACCAGAUGAUGUUGAUCGCGAAGCAGAAGCAAGAAGAAGAGGAUAGGGAAGAAGCCGAAAGAAAGAGACUGGAGGAAGGUGACAAACCGAAAACCAUGUUCUCACACCACGACGCAGCUGUUGUGCGAAAACCAGAGUUUGAUCCGAAGAUUCUCAACGUGGAUAACCUCAAGGUGGAAGCUACAGAAGCUGAGGAGCAACAAAAAGAAACAACGAUGGAAGAGCAAGCAGAACCUCCUAUUUUCGAUCCAUCUCGAUUCUCGGACGACCAAAUCAUGUCAAAGAAAGCAAUGAAGAGAAAGAUGCAAGCUGCUCGAAGGAACAUCGACGUUUCUGUCGUCCUUGGAGAAACAUCAAGUUGUUCGGAUCCAAAGAAAAUCAAAACUGAGGAAGAAUCGGGCGAAGUAGAAGAGUUUGACUACAAUAAGGCUGAUAGCAGCGAAUUCGAAAAGCCUGUAAGUGAUCCCAAUGCCGCUUUCGACCCGUUCCAUCAGAAAUACCGUUUGAAAAAUAAAUCUAAAAAGAACAAUUCUAUGAAGAAGUCGUCGAAUCGUACCGGAACUAUUAAUUACAAAAAAUGA